AUGAUAGACGAAGUUGAAGUAAAUGGGGCAACAGAGCACUCAAGUGAGCCUUCACAAAUUCUCUUAAAAUCAAGAUCCACUUCAAUAAAGUUUCAAUUAACAACAUUCAAUGAGACUCUGACUCCUGAAUAUUUAAGCAGUUUGUGUGAUUCCGAUAUUUCUGUUCGGCUGGAGCAUGUGGAGCGUCUGGCCAAUAAAUUUGAAAAUACUCAAUCUACUCUUGAGGAAUUGGACAUAUCCGAAUUUGAUGGAAUGGUCCGGUUUGAUUUCGAUAUGUUGUACUUGAAAGUUCGAUCAAAACUUCAACAUGAGCUUCAAGUCAGACGUACAUUCAAUUCAAGUUGCUCUACAACAAUACAUAAAUCGUCAGGUGAGAAUCAGCAAGACAUCAGGUCAAUGGCGCAUACAAUUAGGCUUCCAGAAUUACAAAUACCAAAGUUUGAUGGAAAUUAUACUGAGUGGCCUAGUUUUCAUGCCAUAUUUGAAAACUUAGUUCACAAUAACCAAGAACUAUCUGAAACAGAAAAACUACAACAUUUAUUUUCAAGCGUAAAGGGCGCAGCAUUUGACAUCAUUAGAUCGUUGAGUUUAAGUGAUGCAAACUAUGCUAAGGCUUUAGAAUUACUUAAAAAGAGAUUUGAUAAUAAACCUUUAAUUUUACAGGCACACGUCAAGGAAAUUUUGUGGGCAAGGGAUAUAUCGAAUGAAUCAUCGACAAAGUUAAGAGAGCUUAGUGAUCGAAUCAAUUUGCACAUGCGUGCUUUACAAACAUUGGGCACCAAAGAACAAAUCGCAGACAAUUUCUUGAUCCAAAUCAUCAGUGCCAAGCUCGAUUCUAAAUCAAAGGCUAAAUGGGAAGAAGAGUUGUCCGUCCAUGAUUUGCCAACGUGGGAAAUGAUGACUGACUUCUUAGAAAAAAGGUGUCGUGUAUUGGAGAAUAUGGACGGUGCUAUGGUCUCCCUAACACCUAGCCACCAGGUAGGAAAGAAAAUUACUAAAAAAUAUAGUUAUUUGGCAGCAAAUAUGGGUACUAUCUCUUGCGUAUUUUGCGACUCAAAGGAUCACUAUAUUACAAAGUGCACACUGUUUAUAAAUCUUUCCCCAACGCUUCGAUAUAAAGAAGCAAAGAAGUUGCUGUUAUGUUUAAAUUGUUUACGCAAGGGUCACGCAUUGAAUAAAUGCAAGUCUGGACAUUGUCGUCAUUGUGCUUCAAAGCAUCAUUCAUUGCUUCAUAUGCAAUCUGUAUCUCCAAUUAAUUCGAAAGGCGUUGCACCUGAAAUACAUAUAGCAAAUCGGUCGGAAGAGCCAUCAACUUCAAAAAAUACGUCGCUGCUCUCACUGUCCUCUGUAACGUCUAUUCCUAAAGCCCCAGAAUUUCUAUCUGAAAAUAGUGUGCUACUAGCUACUGCAAUCAUUCUCAUCAAAAAUUCCUCAGGAACUUUCGUUCCAUGUAGAGCAAUUCUCGAUUCUGCGUCUCAACUCAAUUUUAUAACUUCUCGUUUAGUCAACUUGCUGCAGCUAAAUACGAAAACAACAUACACAACCAUAUCAGGCAUAGGGGAUUCUACACUUGAAACAAACAAGGUUGUUGAGCUAUUUACAAAAUCGCACUCAGGCGAUUAUUCAACUUCAUGCACUGCGAUCGUUACAACAACUAUCACAGAUCCUCAACCAAACUUUAACGUAAACAUUUCAGAUUGGUCAAUUCCAAACAACAUCACCUUAGCUGAUCCGAUGUUUUUCAAAUCACAGAGAAUCGAUGUGUUACUAGGUGGCGGCUUAUUUUUUAACUUAUUGUGUAUUGGACAAAUUCGUCUGGAAAAUAAUUUUAUGUUACAGAAGACAAGGCUGGGUUGGAUAGCAUCAGGUGGCGGUAUUAUUCCAAAAUACAAUCACUCAUUUUCGUUAGCUAUAGCUAAGAAAUCAACCACUGAAUUGGAAUUUGAAAAUGAAAAAUCGUUAAAUGAAAUUGUAAAAAGGUUUUGGGAAAUAGAAAAUUGUUUUGACGCGCACUCUUCGCUAACAGACGAAGACGCAUAUUGCGAAACCCAUUUCAAACAAAAUUUUACUCGGUUAGAUUCUGGUAAAUAUUCUGUUUUACUUCCUAAGCAGCGUAAUAUCGACUCACUCGGAGAUUCUUAUAAUCAUGCACUUCAACGAUUUCACAGUUUAGAAAGAAAGUUGCAACGUAAUGCUGAUUUAAAAACUCAAUAUGUUGAUUUUAUUAAUGAGUAUAUAAAUUUAAAGCACAUGUCACCAGCACAAUUACCAUCAGGUGUUCCAACUUCCGAAACAGUGCACAUUUUGAAAUGGAUUUAUUAUGAUGGUCCUGCAAUUGACAAAUUUUCACUGCGUUGGUUUAUGCCCGGAAAUGUUGAAAUAUUUCAUUUUUGUAGGGUAAUUAUGGAUUUAAAUAAGUAA